AGAAGAAGACGACGAAGAAGAAGAGGAGGAAGACGGUAGCAGGUGUCUUCUUCUGUUUCUUAUCUGUUGUUGGGGUCCUCCCGGGCAAAGUUACAGGAUGGCACAGUGGGGUGCCAUAUUCUCAAUAAUCACUGCUCUCGGAGGAGCAGCGCUCUUAGCCUCCGUGCACAAGAUCGAAGAGGGACACACUGGAGUUUACUACAGGGGAGGGGCUCUCCUGACCACCACCAGCAGCCCUGGCUUCCAUCUUAUGCUUCCAUUCAUCACCACCUACAAGUCUGUUCAGACGACACUGCAGACAGAUGAGGUGAAGAAUGUACCAUGCGGCACAAGUGGAGGAGUGAUGAUUUACUUUGACCGCAUAGAAGUGGUGAACUACCUCGUUCCAUCAGCAGUGUAUGACAUAGUGAGAAACUUCACCGCAGAUUACGACAAAGCUUUGAUAUUCAACAAGGUUCACCAUGAGCUCAACCAGUUCUGCAGCGUUCACUCCCUACAGGAGGUCUACAUUGGCUUGUUUGACCAAAUCGAUGAAAACCUGAAGUUGACCCUACAAGAGGAUCUAACAUCCAUGGCUCCUGGACUCAUCAUACAGGCGGUCCGAGUCACUAAACCCAAUAUUCCAGAGAGCAUACGCAGGAACUACGAGCUCAUGGAGAGCGAGAAGACGAAGCUGCUGAUCUCUCAGCAGACUCAGAAGGUUGUGGAGAAGGAGGCAGAGACGGAAAGGAUCAAAGCUGUGAUAGAGGCUGAGAAAGUGGCACAAGUGGCAGAGAUCAAGUUCGGACAGAAAGUCAUGGAGAAGGAAACAGAAAAAAAGAUCUCUCAAAUCGAAGACAGUGCUUUCCUGGCACGCCAGAAAGCCAAGGCAGACGCAGAGUUCUAUUCAGCACAGAGAGCUGCUGAGGCCAAUAAGUUGAAGUUAACACCAGAGUACCUGCAGCUAAUGAAGUACAAGGCCAUCGCAGCCAACAGCAAAAUCUACUUUGGGAACGACAUACCCCAGAUGUUUGUGGACUCUGGCUCUGCAGGGAGCUCUAUCAAGGCCUCUGCAGCCAUGGACAUUGUUGGUGAGCAGAUCCUGGACCUGGAUUAGCUAGGAAAGUAGUGAGACCCACAGGACCAUCCAGGGGUGGAGGACUACCUGCUGGAGAGCAUGAGCCUGGCUCACAGGCUGGCUGGCAGGUUCUCCCUCUGGACCAGAGAAGCUGACUAUGGCCCGUAAUUCUCAAGCAUUUCAGAAUCACUGCUAGAAAUCACAUUAAUUUUUAGGAUGUAAAAUUCUCCUACCUCACAGCAGAGGACUUGAUAUAUUUAGGAAGAGAGGGAUUAUAAUAAGCUCCCUUUUUUAAACUCAUUUAGCCAAAAUAAUAAUUUGAAGGAGUCGACACCGCUGCUGCUCAGAUCAUAUGCAUCAAGUGCGCUCAGUCCAUUUAGCCACGGCAUCAAGGAUCACAGAUCCAUUGCUGCUUAUGUGUUAUCCAUUUACGUGCACGUGUCCUCAUUGAGCAUUUGAAGCAGCAAUAGUUGAAACCUGUUGAUACUAAAGAAGAAAGCUUUAAGGAGCAAAGAAUUCAUGAAAGUAGUGAAGAACACAUAGUUGUUUUAGCUGCUUUGUCCUCACCCCGUGAAUUGACCGUUUGCUAAACCCCCAGGCACCCCUAGUUCCUGUUGCUAUACCUGUCAAGUUUUCACAAUAACUGCAGAUUUACCACUCGAAAUUGUCAUUUGUCAUUUUUGAAACGGUGGAUUCUUGAUUUCACACAGAGGCAGACAAACAGGCCUCUUAUAUCGAGCUGGCGACCUUCAAUUUUGUCGAAACUGUCGCUAGCAGAUUUUAGAAACCAAGUCUGGUUAAGCUAACGUUAGCUCCAUGAGUUGGUUGAAAAUGCUAUUUCUACUGCCUUUUUAAUGUUAUCAGCUGAUUAGUUUUAAAUUCAGCAUCCUCACUACUUCCAUGUUGAAGACAUGGAAAUAAAGAAACCACUGUUCUUGUAUUACUUUGAGGAGCUACUUAGCCAUGGUAUUUUAUGUAUGAUGAGACUUCUAGGAUGAGAACUAACGGAUGUAUUUAGCAAAUGUUAAGCUUUCUCAGGUAAUGCUGGUUGGGGUCACUGUAGUGUAAACUUUCCUAAAUCCACUACUGUAACUUUUUUGUCCUCCGGCCAAAUGGCUAGUGAAGGUUCAGACUCUACCCGCCACUCAAUAGAUUAUCAUUGUUUUUUUGGCUGGUGACUAAAGCAAAUCUACCAGCCACUUGCAACUGGUGCUAAUUUUGUGUCCUGCUUAAGGAAAGUCGCUGUUCGGUGGUGGGGUGUAGUAAGCGGUCAGUUGCAACAGCUUCU